GUUCCCAUUUUCUCUUUUCCCCUAGAUCGAAUCGAUUUUGUUUACUUCUAUGGCACCAGCGACAACUACUUUUGAUUUUUUGUACGUCAUCAGGCCAGCACUUCUUUCGCUCCAUUGGUAUUGGGCUGUCUUUUUUUUGAUUUAUUCCCAGCAACAUAUCGUGCCUGGCCAGGUUUUUCUCACGACUAGCUAACAGUAUCUACUUACAAAUGACACAACGGUGUUUGUGGUUGCACUCGAUGCACCCCUACUUGGAAGGGUGAUAUGGUUGUAAAGGAGUAAGAGACGCUACUCACUCUCUUUUGAAGCUAUACAAGCCCUUUGCGAAAAAAUGUCUGGCGCCCCUGACGGUCUAGGCGACCUAUUGUCGCAGGCCUUUUCUGCCGCGGGUGUUUCGCAGUCCGGGUUCGACCCGACCAACGUCGCAGCUGCGGAUCAAACCUUAUCUAAUGUAAAAAUGUCUGGGUCUGGAAGAAUGCGCGAUUUGUCAUGCUGCUUUUCCAUGACCCAUGAGGUCUGGAAUGCAGGACCUAGCAUGACAGAUUCUGCGAGACCUUUCUCAUGCCUAUCCUGCAUGAGAAACUCCCUCCCGACUUGGGUAAAACUGGACGACUUUUGGUAAUCAUGCAACACAGAUUUUUGCAUGCUGCAGAUUUAGCAUGACAGGCUGCAAUCUUCCAGACCCAGACAUUUUUGCAUUUGAUAAACCUCCAUGGAAGAACUCGCACGGAAAAUCAAGUCCAGCCCGACUAUCCAGGAAAAAAAGUGUGUAGGUGUAACUUUCUUCGAGGAACAGCAUCACAAAUUUGCUCUACAUGACAGAGAAAACCUGUCAUGCAUGGUUUGUAAGGGAAAACACACAUGAAAAGAGGAUUUCGUGGCUGUCUGGCAUGACUAGUGGAACUCUGUUGCAUCUUCUGCAACACAAAUUUACACUUACGCAGUUUUUUUCUUGCAUACCGACAUUACAACCGUUAUUAGGCGGAAGCGCGGCUGGAAGCGGCAAUCCCAGUGCACAACCCUCGCCAGGGGGGCAGCACCAGCAGCACCAGCAACAGCCUUCGCCCCACGGUGGAGCACGAGGUCAACAGCACCACCUUCAACAACACAACCGGCCGUCAUUUGACAAACACGGCGGGGGAGGACAGCAUAACAAGGGCGGACACAAGAAGGGCAGUCAUGGUGGGGGCAGUGCCAGCUCGGCGGGUGCGGCUUCGAACCCAAACUUACUGACGUCUUUCGAUAACGCUUCUUCCCAGGGGGGCAACACUAGCUCCUUUGGCACGUAUCAACGGCAAAUAUGUCUGGGUCUGGAAGGUGGAACAGUGCAACUUGUGAUGCUGCAUUGGGAUGCUAAAAAAAAUCUGUAUUGCACGAGCAGCAAGAGCAGUCAAAUUUGCCUACACGGAUAGGGCAUUUGUCAUGCGGGAUGCGCAUCGAUAAGCGCUCAGAAAAUCUGUGAUGCUAGGCGGGCAUGCAUAACAGACAUCGUAGACCAUGGAAAAUGUGCAUGACAAACUUGUCCUCUUCCAGACCCAGACAUAUUUGCAUUUGAUAGCACGGGGCUCAUGCCAAUACCGGACUUCACAUCGGAGGUUAGCAAGACAAAUCGAGGGAUGACCAGCACGGCGGGGAUAGAAUCUGCGGCAGAGCCGAGGGUAAGGAUGCUGCUGAAUGCGAUCUUGAGAACAACCUUGUGUGAAUGUGAUUCUGUUUAUGACGGUAUGCUGCAACUGGAUGAGAAAGCACUACAAACGUCACACUCAAUGGCUGUUGCACCAUGGGAGCAAGAAUUGCACCGUGCCUCUUCAUCACGCCCACUUUUAUCAUGAUCCAAAAACAAAUGAAACACAGGAAGUCCCCCGAUCCCGGCGCAUAGAGCUUGACGCCGGUACGGAAUACCGCGUUUUAGUGGACGACAAACUCUACGACCCGGUGACUGUGAAGGUCUGCCACAGCGAACGAGGGCCGGACCCAACCAGAACCGCGGAGAUUUUCGGGAAGGAAAUGGUAAUUGAGCAAGAAUAUUCCAUUCUCCCCGGCUCCCGGUCCGGCUUCUACACCUGGCGGGGCUGCACUUUGCAGAUCACCGGGCCAACAGUGCAGGAAUUCGCCGCGGCAAACCCCCAGAUGAACCAGUACGCAAACUGCGCCGCGGUCAUCGAGAGGAGACGAAUUCGCGCCAUAGAAUAUCCUACGUAAAAACGCCCCCACACCAUAGUGAAGAUGGGAAAUCUGCAACACAAAUCUCCGAGUUUUGGCAGUUCUGCAUGACAAGCUUCCAUCUGCAGUGUAGUGCUGGUUAGAAAGGAAAGCCACAUGAGGAAUACAUUUACUCAUUCUGUUUAUAGCAUUACAAAACACGACUAGAAAUGCCUCUCGAGGAGAUGCGCAUUACAAAUGUUCCUGUCAUUGCACAUUCGCAUGACAACUCUGGGGCGGGGACGUUUUUACGCAGGAUAUAGAAGUCGGCGCGGCGGCACCGCGGGUGAUGGUGUGUGGGUCAGACGGGAGUAUCCUGAGUAAACGCGUCACCACCCCAGAGUCAAGAUGGGGAUUUUGCAACACAAAACUUGAAGUUUUAGGGAUCACGCAUGACAAGUUGCAGGCUGCACUGGAGGACAGCUUAGCAAGAGAAGCCGCAUAACAAAUCCAUCUCCUUAUCCUUUUUGCAGCAUUACAAGUUCCAAAACACGAUGGGAAAUGUCUCUCAUGGGGAUGCGCAUAUACAAAUGCUCUUGUGCUUGCAAAUCUACAUGACAACUUUGGGGUGGGGACGUUUUUACAUAGGAUAGGGAGUGGGAAAUCGGUAGUGUCGGAAAUCCUCUGGCACUACGCGAUAAGAAGGGCGAGGACGCCUUUGUACGUCGAAACAGAUACCAGGUAUACGGCUUCGGUCUCAGAGCCUUUGAAAGGGUUGCCGAGUUGCGUGCACUGCGCAAUACCGAAAUUUCUGGAGGAGGAGCAGACAAAGAGGAUAACGUUUUUCUACGGCAACAUGCAGUGGAGCGACAACAUACCGUUGUACGAGCAGGUCUGCAGCAGGCUCGCGACGGUGGUAAAUAAGAAGCUGAUGGGGAGCUCUUUCUUGGACCAAGUAAUCGCGAACAGCAACGCAAAUACGGCGAAGGAGUUGAAGAAACACCAGCUAGAACUGGAGAUGUCGGAAGGUAUAGGCGAAGUCAGGAUGUCUUCAUGCGGUUCCAUUAUCUAAAGCCAAAUCUGUACUGCUCUCCUCGAACUCGACACUCUCACUCCGUAUUUACAAAACCACACAUACAAAAUCUAAAUCACACAUACAGAUGUCAAGCGCAUCUCCCAAUCCGGGCUCAUCCUAAACGCGCCUAGCACCCCGACUGUGGAUAUCCUCCAGACCCUGGUUCGGCAAUUUUACAUCGACACCAUUCUCUGCAUCGACGACCACAUCUUAGCCGAUAAACUGCGCAAAGCGUUCGAGACCGAAAACGUCGACGUGGCGUUUAUCGACAAAACCGACGGGGCGUUCCACGAAGACGCGCAGACGCUGCGGAUGCAGAGGCACAUGAGGAUGCGGGAGUACUUCCAGGGCGUGUCGCCGAUUAGCAACGGUAUUUGUUAUGAAGAAUUUCUGAUUUUUGUGUUGUGUGGGGUCUCUCUUCAUGCGUGUUCGUUCCAUUUGAUCACUCAGCGAAAGAUCAAGAUGAAAAUAUGUGAUGCAAGUCGUGGCUCCCUCAAGUCGGCAUUUGUUAUGCGCGUUCCAUCAAAUCUAAACCAGGUUUCCCCUUUCCCCAGCCUGGCGAAGAGCUUCCCCUCGUGCUGCAGCAAUUUGUACCCCUCACGGCUUACCACGGCUCCUUUCCUCUUCACCAAGUCAAUUUGCUCCAGUGUAUGGGAAGGAGGAUCGAAUUUGUCAUGGGCGGGCGCUCGCAGAGUGUUAUCUUUAUCUGGUUUUUCUUGUAGGACAAGCAAUGCAGUAUUGGAACAACGGUGACCGUCAGCAUGUAUCUGCGAGCCCUGAAAUUAUAGGUUCAACUUGUCAUGCACAAAUGAAGAACAGAAAACCAGCAUAAUGCAAGCUCCGCAUGACAAAUCUUUUUCCUUCGAUAAGCGACACGACAAGGCUAGAAUACCGAUCCGACAUGGACGGAAACAUCCGCAGUUUCCCGCAAUUGAGUACCUCCAUGAUUUUUUUCCUCUGAGCUCUUAUGCAUGACAGAUCAUGUUAUGCACGUAGUAUCGCGCAUCAGAAACAAAUGUCCAUGUCGCCAUUGAUGGCAUUUGCUAUUGAUUUCUGCAUGACAAAAAAAAUCAAAACAGCAACUUCGGUGUUUGACCGCACACGGCUUUCUGAGCUGAUUCACACCUAUGAAAGAGAAAGCUUUGAUGUUGGUAGUUGAGGUGUCGUAAGACUGUCAAGAACAUGUUGUAGGACUCGAAACCUAUGUAUGCUGCAUAUGAAAAAAUAACAUUUGAUGAAUGUCCUCCAACGGCAUGCCAGACUACGACACCUCCUCAAACCAAAAUUUCUUUCACCUCCAUAUUCCCGCCCUCGCCGUCAUCCGGGCGCAAUCCGAGGAAGAUUUGCAGUACAUGCAGCUCGCGGGAUACAUCCUCGUCACGGGGAUUGAUAUCAGCGAAGGGAUUCUCCACGUCGCGAUGCCCGACGUGCCGCCGUUGCCGAGUAACUACUUUUUGGUACCGAACGACAUCCGGAAUAUGACGUUCUUGGAGGCGCUGUCAUAGAGCAUUAAACAUGAACUGUGUUGGCGGAUAAGACCGGACUGUAGUAGUUUCUCAAGAAGAUGAAUCCAACGAAUCACUUCUAAGUGGCGAACAAGUGGACUCAAAACGACGAUACUUUUGAAAAUGAAAACCUGAUUUAUAUGGAUACAUUGAAAAUUCAGUAGCGAGAUAAUUUUCAAGCGACAUCGACAUGACAUUCACAAGUUUUGGUCGAGACUGUGAAUAUUAGAGUACUACGCAAGACCACCUGAAUACGGUUGUAGUUGGUGGACGCGGAAUAUUUUCAACGCGCAAUGGUGCCCUAGCGGAACGAGUGUUAAUAUCACCAUCGUGCCCUGGGUUUUUGUCGUGAAUCAAU